AUGAGUUCUUGGGCAAUUAAAACUUUUGUGUACAAGGAACCGGACAGCAUAGUGGAGCGCUUCAUGACCAGGCGGUUUGUCCCUGGGUACUGGAGGCGAUCAUCACCAAUUACCAAUCCUAUCUACCCAGUUAAUUCUCCUCGACCGUGUUCGCGUAUUGUCUCAAAAGCGCAAAUAGAUGCAUUAAGUCAACUCAACGAUUCCCUCUUGAUCUUAUUAGACGACUCGAAUCAUCGUUACGGGUCAUCUAGGUAUGGAUCAAGGGUAGUACUGCGGGCGGUUGCGCAAGGGAGACUAUCACUGGCCUCUCUCUGGAUCGAAGGCACUAAGAUAGGGAUAAAAGUCUAG